AGCUUUUGCGCAGGCGCUAGAACGCCAUUUCCGGGUACGACAUGUAAUAUAAAUACGCUGACCUACUCGAUCGUCGAUAGAACAUACGAAACCAAUGAUUCCUAUAUGUCCUGUUGUAUCCUUCACCUAUGUGCCCAGCCGGCUUGGUGAAGAUGCCAAAAUGGCUACCGGCAAUUACUUUGGAUUCACUCAUGGCGCUGCCGCCCAGUAUAGUCAGCAGCCAGCUGCCGGGGUAGCAUACACCCAUCCCACCACGGUGGCCAGUUACACAGUUCAUCAAGCACCUGUGGCAGCUCACACUGUAGCAGCAGCCUACGCUCCCACAGCAGCGACCGUGGCCGUUGCUCGGCCUGCACCUGUCGCAGUGGCUGCUGCUGCUACUGCCGCAGCAUAUGGUGGUUACCAGCCAACCCAUGCUACAGCUGAUUAUGGCUAUACUCAGCGGCAGCCUGAAGUUCCUCCACCACCACCACCAGUCACCUCACAAAACUACCAGGACUCCUACUCAUAUGUCCGGUCCACCGCUUCUGCAGUGCCAUACGACAGCAAGCAGUACUACCAGCAGCCAACUGCAACUGCAGUGGUGGCAGCUGCUGCUCAGCCACAACCUACUGUUGCAGAGUCCUACUAUCAAACAGCCCCCAAACCAGGUUAUACUCAGGGGGUUACAUCAUACACCCAGACCCAGCAAACUCGUCAGGUGACGGUGAUAAAGCCAGCUGCACCCAGUCCUGCUACGUCCUCUUUCUCCAUCUACCCUGUGACCUCCACUGUCCAGCCUGUGGCUGCUGCCGCUUCUGUGGUCCCGUCAUAUUCCCAGAGUCCAACUUACAGCACAAAUGCUGUCACCUACUCUGGAACCUCAUAUACAGGCUAUGAAGCAGCGGUCUAUUCAGCAGCAUCAAGUUAUUACCAACAGCAGCAGCAACACCAGAAACAGGCGGUGGCAGCUGUAGCUGCAACUGCAGCAUGGACUGGAAACACUUUCACAAAGAAACCUCCCUUUGAGAAUAAGCAGCUCCGGCCCAAGCAGCCACCAAAACCUCCCCAAAUUCACUAUUGUGAUGUUUGUAAGAUCAGCUGUGCUGGCCCGCAGACCUACAAAGAGCAUCUGGAAGGCCAGAAACACAAGAAGAAGGAAGCAGCACUAAAGGUUUCGCAGAACAGUAACAGCAGCAGCGGUAGUGGUGGUGGGUUAUUGGCCCGAAGUUCUCAGAACCAACUCCGCUGCGAACUUUGUGACGUUUCCUGCACUGGUGCAGAUGCUUAUGCUGCCCAUAUUCGAGGAGCCAAACAUCAGAAGGUUUUGAAGCUUCAUACCAAACUUGGAAAGCCCAUUCCCUCUACUGAACCCAGCAUGGUGACUCAGACUUUGUCUUCAAGCACAUCUGCCCCAAGCAAAACCAUCACUUCAACCUUGAGCAGCUCCUCUGCCAGCAGCUCUCUUGGUGUGGCUGCCUCCUUGUCCAGUACUCCCUACCUAAAAUCUGUUAACCUGGUCAGCAGUAGCGCAAGUGGUGUCAAGAAUCAGUUAGCGAGCAGUUUGUCUGCUGCCAAUUCUACCAUACCCGGAAAGAAAGUCAACACACCUAAGAUUAAUUUUGUUGGUGGGAGUAAAUUGCAAACUACAUCGAAGUCCGAAGAGUGCAAAGGCGAAGCCCCCAAGAUUGCAAUGUCCUCCUCAAGUGCUGUCGAUGUCAAAACGGAGAUUUCAGAAUCUCUGUCUGCAUCGACCCUGGCUGCACUGCAGAGUGAUGUCCAACCUGUUGGCCAUGACUAUGUUGAAGAGGUCCGAAAUGAUGAAGGGAAAGUGAUCCGCUUCCAUUGCAAGCUCUGUGAAUGUAGUUUCAAUGAUCCCAAUGCAAAAGAAAUGCAUCUAAAGGGACGUAGACAUCGCCUGCAAUACAAGAAAAAGGUGAACCCAGAUCUGCAGGUGGAGGUAAAGCCUAGCAUCAGAGCGAGGAAAAUUCAAGAAGAAAAGAUGAGAAAGCAGAUGCAAAAAGAGGAAUACUGGAGAAGACGAGAGGAAGAGGAACGUUGGCGAAUGGAAAUGCGGCGAUAUGAAGAGGACAUGUACUGGAGACGUGUGGAAGAAGAACAGCACCACUGGGAUGAGCGCCGUCGUGGACCUGAUGGAGGGUAUCCACAGGGUCCACCUGGCCCUCCUGGUCUACUUGGAGUCCGACCUGGUAUCCCAGGUUUGCAGCCACAGGGUCCUCUGCAGCCCCUGCGCCGACCCGACUCGUCAGAUGACCGCUAUGUCAUGACCAAGCAUGCUUCAAUCUACCCCUCAGAGGAGGAACUGCAGUCUAUUCAGAAGAUUGUGUCAAUCACAGAGCGUGCCCUCAAACUGGUUUCAGACAUAAUAACAGAUGAGGACAAGGUCAAGGAAGAAGACAAAGAAAAGAAAGAACCACCAAAAGAUAGGUGUGACAUUGACAGAGCCCUGAAAGGUGUGAUGAGGGUGGGAGUCUUGGCAAAAGGUUUGCUUCUUCGUGGCGACAAGAAUGUCAACUUAGUCCUGCUCUGCUCAGAGAAGCCCACCAAGAGUCUCCUUACACGAAUUGUGGAGCUCCUCCCUAAACAACUAACAAUAGUAGCACCAGAAAAAUAUGAUGUCCAAGGGUCUCUCCAAGAAGCAGCCAUCAUUCUUACAUCCUGUGCAGAGCCAAAGAUGCAAGUGACCAUCACUUUGACUUCACCUGUCAUCAGAGAGGAAAAUGACCGGGACGGAGAUGUAACUUCGGGUUUGGUGAAAGACCCAGCGGACGUCUUGGACAGGCAAAAAUGCCUUGACGCUCUGGCUGCUCUGCGCCACGCUAAGUGGUUCCAGGCUAGAGCAAAUGGACUGCAGUCGUGCGUGAUUAUCAUUCGGAUACUCCGAGACCUCUGUCAGCGAACUCCAACCUGGUCGUCCUUCCCAGGAUGGGCCAUGGAGCUGCUCGUGGAAAAGGCCAUCAGUAGCGCCUCUGUACCGCUUAGCCCAGGCGAUGCAUUGAGGCGCGUCUUUGAAUGUAUUUCAUCUGGGAUUUUACUUUCUGGUGGGCCCGGACUGAUGGAUCCCUGUGAAAAGAGUACUGUCGACACCCUGACAGCUAUUGGAGAGCAGGAGAGAGAGGACAUAACACUAAGUGCCCAAUUUGCACUGAGGCUGUUGGCAUUCCGUCAUAUUCAUAAAGUUUUGGGCAUGGACCCUCUUCCGCAGACCAACCCUCGUUUCGCUGUCAACAACAGCAGCCGCAAGCGUCGCCACGAGAACAGCGACGGGGCAGAUAGCUUUGAGGGCGAAGGCAAAAAGGAUAAGAAGGAUUACGAGAGUUUGUAAGCGUCAGUCGAAACCGGCGAGAAGACAAAAGCCGUACUCACCGGUUUAGAUUGGAGUCCACCAUCACCUGUGCGUCAUGGCUUCGCUCCAACAUCAAGCUUUCUUUCUUUCUGUAGUUUUUGUUAUUAAGCUAUAGAUGCGUCAGUGUAUUUGCAGCCUCACUUGUAAUAGAGAAACAAAACAGUGUUUGUGUAUUGGUUUUAGUUGUAGCUUUCUUAAUGGUUGGGUUCAACCUGUUUUUUUUUUUUUUUUUUUUU